AAACACCCUUUUUUCCUGCACACAACUACGGCCAGAAAUCACCAUGCGGAGUCGCUUGCGAUGCCGACGGACCACAAUCGGUCCAAGGCACUCUUUGGUGAUCUCCGCGCCAGAGGAAGCGCCAGUGCAGGAGACUCAUGGACUUCCUGAAGAAUUGAUGAAGCGACUCCCCGCAGCAGCUUCGGAGCUGGAGCUUCGGGCAGCGGCAGCAGAAGUGGUGUCGUCAGCGCUCACAGUGCUGGAUCAUCGGCACUUCAUACGGGAUUUGGACAGUGUUUGGCCAACAAUGAAAGCCUGCAAGCAGCUGGGGUCUUCAGAGAUCCUUACUUUAACAUCUGCAUUAAAGGAGGCUUUGGCAUGUCGCCUUUGCGAAAUAGCGCAAGCCCAAAGCCUGCCGCGCAGAAAAGUGCUAGCGCUCUUCAACUUCAUGGCCGAGUUGUGCUGGGCCAACUAUGUUUCACCUUCAGAGCAUGUUAUCCACCAAGCCAUUAUAUUCUUGCUGGACACUGCCAGGGCUUGCAGUAAUGCAGGGCAGAACGAUCCUGCCAGUUGGUAUGUUGAAGGUUGUGCUUACUUUGUGGCCAAAGUGGGAGAGAUUAUGAUGCUGAAUCCACUGGAAGUCUUCAACGUCCUGGAUCCGUUGUCAGCCCGUGUGGCCUGCUUAGCGCGACAGCUGCCCAGAAGAACAAUGCGCUUUAUUUGGAUCCUCUUGCAGCGGCGUCAGCGGUUGUGGCGUGGAGCACUAUAUCUCUCUGUAAGCUCCAACUAUUGGCAAGAAUGGGCACGUUCACGCUUGGUGCUGGUUGCCCAUGCGAAAGGCGAUCCACGUGCCUGUCCAUUGGCUGCGCUGCCAUGGCCAGCAUGCCAAGCAAUAAGGAAAUUCAUGUGCGAGCGCAACGCAUUUGACGCCGCAGAGGUCGUUUGGAAGAUUGCUGACGAGCCUGACAUGCCUUUCACAGACGAUUGGCUCAAAGACUUCAUCGAGCAACUGCCAGCAACACCCAAGGCACGGGAAGGCAGCGAGUGCAGCGAAGCCAAUUCGCCAGUGUCACCCAUGACAGCAGAUGCGGAUGAUUGAGCUCGAAUCCCUGCCAUCCUUCUGCGUGUUUGCUAGCUGAUUGCCUUAGUUUCUUUGCUGUGUUCGGGCAGCCAAAUCUGUGCUGGCUGAUGAAUCGCCUGGCCUGUACACUACUGCAAAUGACUUGUCAACCCUCACGAAGGGAAGGUUGCCUGCAGGGGCCCGUUGUUGGCUGACCACCACGAAGAGUGGACACGUGCCACAGAAGAAUUAUGAAGAAUUCCAUCUCCUUCAGGCUGCCUG